CGCACUGACACCGCGCAUGCGCCAAAUGUCUCCUUCAUUGUGCCCUGUUCCCCUUAUAGACAUUGCUAAGCUAAGCUAGCUGUCAAUCCACUCAGCAGCAUCACGCCAGGGACACUCCAGGCUUUGCAGACUCCCCUUCCAAACACAUUUGCACUGCACAAUGGCUGUCCCUCCUUCAUACUCGGACCUGGGCAAGGCUGCCAAGGAUAUAUUCAGCAAGGGCUAUGGCUUUGGUGUUGUGAAGCUGGACCUCAAGACCAAAUCACAAAGUGGAGUGAUGGAGUUCAACACAUCUGGCUCCAGUAACACAGACACAGGGAAGGCGUCCGGGAGCCUGGAGACCAAAUACAAGAUGAAGGAGCUGGGCCUGAGCUUCAACCAGAAGUGGAACACGGAUAACACACUGGCUACUGAAGUCACUGUGGAGGACCAGCUGACUCAAGGACUGAAGGUUGCCUUGGAUACAUCUUUUGUACCAAACACGGGUAAGAAGAGCGGCAAACUGAAGACGGGCUACAAGCGCGACUUCGUGAACCUGGGCUGCGACGUUGACUUCGAGGGUCCCAUCAUCCACGCUGCUGCUGUGUUGGGCUACGAGGGCUGGCUGGCUGGCUACCAGAUGGCUUUCGACACAGCCAAGUCCAAACUGGCCCAGAACAACUUCGCCCUCGGAUACAGGGCUGGGGACUUCCAGCUGCACACCAAUGUUAAUGAUGGGACCGAGUUCGGCGGCUCCAUCUACCAGAAGGUGAACGACGAGCUGGAGACAGCGGUCACUCUGGCCUGGACCGCCGGCAGUAACAACACUCGCUUCGGCAUCGCUGCCAAAUACAAGCUGGAUAAAGACGCCUCUCUGUCUGCCAAAGUAAACAAUGCCAGUCUGAUUGGAGUAGGCUACACCCAGAGCCUUCGGCCAGGUGUCAAGGUCACCCUCUCAGCCCUGAUCGACGGGAAGAACUUCAACGCCGGUGGACACAAAGUCGGCAUGGGCUUCGAGCUGGAGGCAUAAAGGGGACAACUCAGAACCACCAACAAAGGAAAAAAAAGCCCCGAACCACAUCACCACACACUCCUCUGCCCCCAGUCCACCACCACCAUCAUGUAGCUUCUCUCUGGACUCACCCCCUUCACACAUUUCAUGAGCAUUUCUGACAGUAAUAGUCGCGUCUCAGCAUCAUGCUUAAACACCCCUGAGAGGAGUUGUAAGGUUGCGUGCUGAUCCUGAAACCGACGACGCAUAGUUGUGGAUUAUUAUCAUUUUUAUGGUUAUUAAAGUGACACUAUAAUAUUUCCCUGUCUGUCUUGGAUGAUGUAGUUGUUGGUGUAAAUGUGUAGCGCAUUAAAGCUUCUGUAUGCAGUCGUUCCUGCCUUCCUGAAAGCAUGUAAGAAUGAAAACGUGGAUGCAGAGCUGAAGGCUUAUUUGCUUGGUUAAGAAAUGGUGCUGAGUGUCUGUUUUUUUCUUUUUGUUUUGUAUUGGUUUGAACACUUUUGGCUGUCUUGUUGCAAUCUGUUUAAUCCAUAUAAAUGUUUUGAGACCACAUAUUUCAUGAACAUAUGACUGAAUUAUUGAAGCACUGGUGGUUGAAGUCGAGAGGUAAAGACUCCUGCAUUGACUGAAUGAAGAAUAUUUAAAACUGUCAGCUUGCGUUGCUUUAUAGGAACAAUGAAAACCUGUUCAGAUGCUCCUAAAUGAUCUUUUAAUCUUUUGUGACUUCUCGUUUUUGGUAGGUGAAAUCAAUGUAGUGGAAUCUUCUGGUAGCUUAUGUAGUUAGUUUGCAUUUCUACAAUAUUGUUUGCAUCUAUCUGUCUCAGCACAGCAGUCACAAAGAAGUGAGAUAUUUUUGCAUCUACUUAUACAUUCUCGUAGGUAUCUCAGCUGUUCACUGGCACCAGGCGUCUUAACUCGAUGGCCAGCUGUUUCCUCAUGUUGCUGGGGGACUGCACUUAUUGCUGUCAGUGCUCUCUUCUCGAAAACAACCUACACUCCUCAGAUCUGUACAUAAAAUACAGUUGAUUGUCCUCUAAGUUAUUCCAGUCCAAACACUUAAUAGGAUUAUGUUACAGGUCGUUCUGUCCCACAUGACUAUCAUAUUUCUUUUUCUGCAAUCAUGCAUCAAAAUGUGUUUUUUUUUCUCCAUCUAAUUGUGUUGUCAUGAUUAUAAGGCAAAUUUUUCUUUGUCACUUAGACACAGUACCUCAUUUUUUUCCAAUGUCAAUUAAGGGAAUUCUAAUAAUAAAAGAAAAUGUAUAACAUUG